UUCUCUUUCAUCUUUCUCAUUGACCAAUGGGCUUCAAGCAUUAAAGCAACGCCCCUAUUCUGCAUUCUAGUGCAGCCCUGGUUACGCCUCCUCUGGCUCAGUCACACAGGUACCUAUAGGUGACUGGAGGUGUAUAGCUGUCCUCACCUGGAUCAUGGUGAUGUGGCCCCAACCCCACCUCCCUACCCAUCCCAUGAUGUCCAACGAAACCCGACAGAGCAAAUUGGCCCAGGCCAAGGAAAAGUUGAGAGACCCUCAUCCCCAGACCAACCCUAGUGUUGGUACAGGAGCAAGCGACACCAAAAGGAAGAAAAUAAAUAAUGGCACUAACCCUGAGACAACAACUUCCUGUGGUUGCCACUCACCUGAGGAUGAAAAGACGGCAAGCCUCCAACAUCAGGAAGCCCUAAGGAGGGAGCUAGAGGCCCAGGUUCAUACCAUACGAAUCCUUACAUGUCAGAAAACGGAGCUUCAGACGGCACUCUAUUACAGCCAGCAUGCUGUCAAGCAGUUGGAAGGAGAGUCCAGGGAUCUGAUCAGCCGCCUGCAUGAUUCAUGGAGGUUUACAGGAGAGUUAGAGCAGGCUCUCUCUGCUGUGUCUACACAGAAGAAGGCGGCGGAUAGGUACAUCGAGGAGUUAACAAAGGAGAGGGACGCCCUGAGUCUGGAACUGUACAGGAACACCAUAACCAAUGAGGAGUCGAAGGAGAAAAAUGCCGAACUACAAGAAAAACUUCGACUUGUAGAAUCUGAAAAGUCUGAGAUCCAGCUCAACGUAAAGGAGCUAAAAGGGAAGCUGGAGAGGGCCAAGCUCCUGCUGCCACAGCAGCAGCUGCAGGCGGAGGCUGACCACCUGGGUAAGGAGCUGCAGAGUGUGUCAGCAAAGCUCCAAGCCCAGGUGGAAGAGAACGAGUUGUGGAACUGCCUGAACCAGGAACAACAGGAGAAGAUGUGGAGGCAGGAGGAGAAGAUACGGGAGAAGGAGGAGAAGAUACGGAAGAAGGAGGAGAAGAUGCAGGAGAAGGAGGAGAAGAUACGGGAGCAGGAGGAGAAGAUGCGGGAGAAGGAGGAGAAGAUGCGGGAGAAGGAGGAGAAGAUGCGGAGGCAGGAGGAGAAGAUGUGAGAGAAGGAGGAGAAGAUGCGGGAGAAGGAGGAGAAGAUGCGGGAGAAGGAGGAGAAGAUGCGGAGGCAGGAGGAGAUGAUGCGGGAGGAGGAGAAGAUGAACGAGCAGGAGAAGAUACAGGAGCAGGAGAAGAUACGCGAGCGGGAGAAGAGGCAGGAGCAGGAGGAGAAGAUAUGGAGGCAGGAGGAGAAGAUACGGGAGAAGGAGGAGAAGAUACGAGAGCAGGAGGAGAAGAUGUGGAGGCAGGAGGAGAAGAUGCACGAGCAGGAGAAGAUACGGGAGGAGGAGAAGAGGCAGAAGCAGGAGGAGAAGAUGUGGAGGCAGGAGGAGAAGGUACGGGAGCAGGAGGAGAUGUGGAGGCAGAAGGAGAAGAUGCACGAGCAGGAGGGGAAGAUACAGGAGCAGGAGGAGAAGAUGUGGAGGCAGGAGGAGAAGAUACGGGAGCAGGAGGAGAAGAUACGGGAGCAGGAGGAGAAGAUAUGGAGGCAGGAGGAGAAGAUGAGGGAGCAGAAGGAGAAUAUGCACGAGCAGGAGGAGAAGAUGUGGAGGCAAGAGGAGAAGAUGCACGAGCAGGAGAAGAUACGGGAGGAGGAGAAGAGGCAGGAGGAGGAGGAGAAGAUGUGGAGGCAGGAGGAGAAGAUACGGGAGCAGGAGGAGAUGUGGAGGCAGAAGGAGAAGAUGCACGAGCAGGAGGAGAAGAUACAGGAGCAAGAGGAGAAGGUGCGGGAGCAGGAGGAGAAGAUAAGGGAGCAGGAGGAGAAGAUACGGGAGCAGGAGGAGAAGAUACGGGAGCAGGAGGAGAAGAUGUGGAGGCAGGAGGAGAAGAUGCAGGAACAGGAGGAGAAGAUGUGGGAACAGGAGGAGAAGAUUCAGGAACAGGAGAAGAUGCGGAGGCAGGAGAAGAUGUGGGAGCAGGAAGUGAGGCUGUGGCAGCAGGAGGAGAAGAUGCAGGAACAGGAGGAGCACCUGGAAGCUGCCAUCUACCGAGCAGAUGACAAGAAGGCAAAGACAAUAAACAUGUAAAAGCCGGCAGCAAGGCCUGGAGAAGAGUAAGCCGCCAUGUGACUGUUUAGAAUAUAGUCUCAGCACAAACCUGAAAAAAAAUAUUUAUUUAUUUUUAUUUUUA